AUGGCUGCGUACUCGCUGUCGGCCGAGCCUGAGAGUUUCGACAACGACUUGUUUCUGGGAGAGGACGAUCACGAUGACUCGUAUCUCCUCAACGACGGAGACGCUUUUGCCGGCGAUGGGAAGUCCUUCCCGCAUGCGCGUCCCUUCACAGAUUUGCACUCGCAGGCAGGAAGCGGUGUGCUGCCGGGGUCAGGCGGUCCAGACUUUUCCCUGGAUCUCGGCCCCCCUCAAGAAACGCAGCAGAGCUUCGCGUCGUUCUCGGAGGACUCUGCCUGGCGAAGUCGCGGCGCCCAGAGAGAACAGUCGGUCCCUUUCGGAGAGCCUCCGUCGUCUGUCCAACAGGGUGACAGAGGCAGCGCCUUUUUUCAAGGCGAAGAAGACCAUUUCUUUUCUGCGAGAGCCGAGAAGGCGACUGUCUCGAGUUCUCGACGUUUUCCGGAAGCAAGAGAGAAGAAGUCGCUCCUCGACCCCAGUGCGCCGGUGCACGUCAUCACAGGAUACGAGCAGUUCUGCGCAGUGCAAGAGGCGAGAACGGAGAGAAAAGGGAACGUGCUGAGGGAGCCGGAGACGGAAGUCGCGGCACAGCCUGCGCAGCACUGGUUCGGAGACCAACGCCGGGGGGAGGCAGAGAGCGACUUCGUAGCGUUGCGGGAGAAGGGCGGAGCAAAGAAGGAAAUGCGGUGUAUGGCAACAGGCAGAAGGGAAGAGACGGGCGAGACGUGUGCUUCUCCGCGGCGAAACAACGAAGAGUUUGUGGACAUUUGUUUCAGUGGGGAAGACAGUGAGAGAGGCGCGCUUUCGCCGUGGUCCAGAGGAGAAGGGAACUCGAGGGGGUCGCAGAGCAGGGGAGACGCGGGCAGCAGACGGGGUGUAUAUACACUUGCGAGACAGGACCCAAGUGGAGACGAGCACGAGGCGGGGGCGCGAUGCAAUUCUCCCCGCUCUUUCGGCGACCUUCCUCUUUCUUCGCCCCAGAGAACGCCAGACGAGGAAAACUACCCGACACAGGGCCACUGCGAAGAUGAAGAGAGGAUGUGUCUACAGCCAGGCACCCGUUCAGCAAGAGACAACCGCCUCUCUCCCCGGGCGCAGUUGUCUCCGAGGUGUACGUACACCCCAGCAACCUCCUCGCCAUCCGAGACGUCCGUUGUCGAGAGCGUCUCGAAGUCGAUUCCGAGCGGACAGAAGUAUAGGGAAAAGGAAGGUCGAAAGGCACGGUCUCUAGAGGCGAAUGAAUCAUGCUCUUCUGUCUUCUCGGUUGCUGGCGAGUCGUCAAACUUCAGUGCCCGGAGCAUGUUGCUCGGGCGCCAGGAGUCCCACCUCGGAACAGGCAGUCGGUGCACGCCCUCCCGCCGCAGCGGAGAACCUUUUUCGUUCCUCUCCUCUCUUCUCCCCUGUCGAGAAGCACUGCAAAUCGUAGCCAAUCGCCUCUACUACUCGCGAUUCACAGCGUGGCUCUACCUCUUUGUCUUUCUCCUCAACGCGUGGGUCCUCGUUCGCUGCCUCACGCUCUCCGUCGUCGACCUCUGGGUGGUCUGCGCCGAAGUCUUCGUCACCCUCAUGCUCCUUCUCGAAGUCUGCCUCCGAGCGCUGGUGGUGGGUCGGCCAUUCUUCUUCAGAUUCGAGAACAUUUUCGACAUCGCCAUCACAGUCCUUUGCGUGGCGCUCCUCUGCAUCAGCGACGAUUUGUGGGGUUCUCUGGCAGGCCGAGAUCGCCCGCCUCCAGAAGAAGUCGACGACAUCUUCAGGCAGUCUCUCACCGCUUUCCGUUUCUCCACGCAGCUGCUCAGGAUGGUCACUAUAGUUCUACAUCAAAAAAGAUCCAAGCUUCCAGCCGACGACAUUGAUUUUUCGUAUUUGGAGGCCCAGGCGCGAGAACCUCACGACGACGGACUCUGA